AGUAUUAAACGCAAUAUUCGGCUUAAGUACGCUUGAUAAUGCACAAAAAAUGCAAAGUAAUUUUUAGCGAAACGCUUGAAACAUUCUAUUUAGUUUAAAAGGUAUUUUUCAAAUUUGACACGAUUUGAAAUAGGCAAACAAAAAUCCUUUGAAUAAAAAAUUGAAUGUUUCAAGUGCCGUUGUGCUGGUACUUUGCCAUUUUUGUAAAUUUAUCAAAUAUCUACAAUAAACGUAUCAUCGAACCAUCAAUAAACCCAUCGUCGAAACAACACUCAAAUUCGCCGAAGCUAAUCUCUUGACUCGCACGAAAGUGAUUAUAUUCGUUACGUAUUUAUAUUAGGUAACUGACUCUAAUUGAUGAUAUCUUUCGGGCCAUUGAAAGUAUUGAAUUAUUUUUAAUAUUUUUUUUUUAAUAGAGUCUGCAAUUUGAAUCAGUUACUUUAUAUAAAAAAAUUGUUUUUUAUUCGGAUAUCAUUUUCGCCUGAGUAGAGGUGAUUUUUAGCCGGUUGACCAAAAAUCCACAUUAUAACCGAAUAUGAAGCUAUGCUCAAACUUGAACGGAACUUGAUUCAAUUCUUAAAACGCCCAUACCAAGAAGCUUAUUUUAAUUGAUGGACAUUUUUGAAACUGAUAAAUUUUGUGUAUAACGUCUCUUAUAUCACAAAGUUUUGAGAAAUGGAAAUCGUUUUUUAGACUUUUUGGAAUUGUGUUUUGAUCUAGGGGAAAAUGACUCGUUGUAAGUUCAUAAGUAUCUGUAAGUUUCACAAGUUCGCGUAAGAACUCUUGAGUUCUACAUACAUUUUUGUAAGUUCGUCUAAGUUUUACGUAAGUUCCUAUAGAUUACUAGUAACUUUUUCAACGUCAAUUGAAAAUCGCAGAAUGUUGGAAAUGGUAAUAUAUGUUAGUCAUGUCGAAUCAGAUAGAAAAUAAUUUGUAUAAAUAAGUCGAGACAGUUUUCGAUGAAAAAAUACCAAGAAAUAUAAAUUCGUCUAAUUAGACGUCAUUUUUUAAAGAGUCGGUUUUGAUAGUGAAUAAUCACUGAUUAUUAAUCAGUAAUGUAUCUCAAAGAUCCACAAAGAAUUAUUGCUUAUGAGUCUAUGAGUGUUGAGAGCGAUGCUUCAAUAUCAAAAUCAGGUCUUUUAAGGAUGAUAUCCAAUUUACUAGGUAAUUUUAAAAUGCGUUCUACUCUUUUGUACAAAUUAUUUGCAGCGUGAGAUGUAAUUAAAAAAAUUGACCAGCGUUGUCUCAUUUGACUACUACAUGUGCGACUGUUUCGGAAUUUUGACGCAUAUCGAACUUACAGCAGUGUGUUAAUGUAUAAAUUCUCAUAAGAAGCGUGCGAUUUUAUAAGUUCGUGUAAGUUUUUGUAAGUUUUUCUUACAAUUCUAUAGCUUUCGUCGUACUUAUAAGUAGUCAUUUUCCCCUAGGUUUUGAUGAAUUUUAAUUUUGAAUCCUCGCUGAGUUUGGGUGUUUUUAUUGCAGCUUAGAGCUCAUAGCCGAAAUUCGGAUUGCAUAUGUGUGAAAAUAUUACAAAGUAAUAAAACUUCAUUGUGAUGUGAAUAUUCAAUAAGCCAAAAAUAUAAAACUCCCAGAAUUUGAUUUGGGAAAAAUAACGUAAAGCACAUAUUCAUUUAAAAAGAAUAAAACAAACAUAUUUUAAGGAUCUAUUUAAACAAGAAAUUUGAAUUUACCGCACUAAAAAUAAAAAUGAACUUAAGAAGAUCGGUAAAAAAAUUCAAAUGAAUACAGAACAUCUGCGUAAUAAACGUCAUGAUAAGAUACAGUCACUCGCCGCCCGGAAGCAAUCAAAUCGGGAAAGAGUUUUACAAAAACGACAACAAAACAAUAGCUCAACAUUAAGACCUAGUAUUUCAAAUAGUAAUAAUAAUAAUAGUUGUAAUUUAAUUAAUAGAGAUAAUGUUAAAUCAACAACACACACAAUAAGCGACACAAGCAACAUAACAAGCACUGAUGGCGACGAUGAUGAUAUUGUUAUUAUUGAUGAACCAUCAAAUUGCAAUAAUGCUCUGCAAAGUUUUGAUGAAAAUGCCAAUUGCUCGGCAGGCACCUCAUCAUCUGUGGUUCAAAAUAAUCGACCACGUAAUUUAUUGUUUUCUUCGUCAUCGUCACAUUUUGGUCAUGCAUCAAGCAGUAGUAGUUUUCGACAACAUCUUAGCGAUAGUAUUUCUGAUAGUGAUGUUGUGAUUAAUGAACCGCCAGUCCCAUUAAACAUUGAUCACCAAAAUAAUAAACGUAUGAAUGCCAUUUCCGGUGAAACAGUUUCUUUAGAUUCAGAUAAUUCAAUUUAUUUGACGGAAUGUAGCAAUCAAAAAGACACGUCCACCAUCAGUCAAUCAAAUGUUCAAAGUGUAUUGAAACCAUUUUCAUCGAUUUCCAUAAUAAGUAUCUGUGAUCAAAAGCAAUUGACAUCACCUUUAGAUGCAAUUAAAUCUAAUUAUACAAUAUGUGAAUCUCCGCCACGCGGUAUUGUUUCGUCUGAAGAAAGUGAUCUGCCUCAAUCAAAAAGCGAAUCAAAUCGAUGUUCUUCAGCUUUGAUUGAAAAACGAACUCCGUUACGUCGACGUUCGCAGCGUGGUUCGUUGCUUGAUGAAGAUCAUUCACGAAAAUCACAACAACAAACAAAAGAAAUAUCACAAAUUUAUAGAUUACAUUCACAAUCUGAUGAUAUUGUUUCAGAUAUUGUGGCCGAUGUUGGUAAAAGUAAUGUAUCGAAAAUUGAUAAUAAACAAAUUAACAGCGAUGCAGAAGCGGUUGCCAACAAUUUGGUUUCAAAUUGUGAGUUGGUUGAUAUUAUAAAUAAUGUUGACAAUGCUAAUGUUGUGAUAACCAAUACAACGAAAGCAAUCGAUGAAAACGAAACAAUCACAGAGUCAACAAAAGCUAAAAGAAACGAUAAAAAUGAUCCAUCAACAUCAACACCAACAAAUCCAAAUUCAAAUGUCGAAAAGCUAUUGUCAUCACGUAUUUUGCAUCAGUUACUUCCGCGAUCUACGAGAGCCAAUUCUCUCAAAGAAUUUAACAAUCAAAGUAAAGAGACACGCGAAAAUUAUGAGAAUUUCUUAGGCGAGUUAUUCAAUGAUGGAUCAGCAAAAGUUGACGAGAGUCAAUUUAAAUCGAAUAGCAUAGGUCGCUACAAUGGAUUAAGAGCUAUUCAAGAACGUCGACUCACCAUUUGUACUCCACAUCCAUCAAAUAAAACAAUUGUUCAGUUGGCCUCAAACAACGAUAUUCCGUCUGAUAGUAUACAAACCAAAGUAAAUGAAAAGCUUAUAAGCACUCAGCCUGUUUCAUCUGAAACAAUAACUGUUGCAAAACCAAUGGAUAUGGUCAAAGACCUCACUCAUAUGGAUAUUGAAGUUAAAAAUUUCAUGAAAGAGAUCAAUGAAAUUGAGACAAAACAGAUAUCUGGUAGCGAACAGAGUAAUAAAAAGACUAAUGUCAAUACCAACGAAUCAACUCAGCUUCAAUGUAAAGUCGAGGCAAUGAGAAUAGCUUCGCCUAUUGAAGAGAAAAGUUCAUCUAUUACGCUUCACCUUUCCAAACAACUAUCAGUUUAUGAAGAGAAGGGAGAAGAACUGCCACUUGAAAUUUUGCAUGAACCGAUGGAAAUGGAACAAAUGGUAGCACAACCAACAGAAAUAAUUGUAAGCGAGCGCAAAUCGGAUGAAGAAGGAGCGAAGUUUGUAGCUUCUGUAAUCGCCGAAACUCCAUUAAUUAACCAAAAAUCAAAUAUUGAAACUUCAUCAGAACCACUGGAUGAUGAAAAACAACUUUCAAACGAUUUGGAAAAAGAUGACGCUGAGCCAAUCUAUAUGGAUGUUGAAGUUAUUAAUUCGCCGGAAGAUAUUCAAGAUGAUUUUAUUGAAAUUGAUCCAUUGAAACAAUCAUCGAAAGUCAUCGAAAAUGAUGAAGACCAAAUUGAGCCGUUGAUGUCACAACAAACUGAAAAAUCUAAAGAAGUAGCUACUAUUGAAGAAAUACAAAAUAUUGAAACUCAGAAAGAAGAUGAGUCAAAAAUAGUGGAAGAUAUGAUAGAAAUCAUCGGACAAACCGAUGAAGCGAUGGAAGAUUUGGAAAGUCGGCAUUCAAACAGUUCUAUUGACAAAGAGUUCUCGGUGAUUGUUAAAAUUAACAACAAAGACAUGCCAGAAGAAAUGCCGGAAAAUGAAAUAUCAGUAAUUGUUGUGAACGAUGGUGAGGAAGAAGAAGAUAUGUCGGAUUCAGAUGAAAAAUUUUCAACAAUAAGCGUUGAAUUUAAUGACGAAGACGUUGAACUACAUGAGCUUGAAACAGAGACUGAAACUAAAACGGACAAUGACACGGAACUUUCAGUCAUUGUUUCAAAUAAAUCUGAACAUAUUUUACCAGCAUCACCUAUAAAAGAACUAACUCAAUUGAAUGAACAAAUUGAAUCAAGUGAAUUCACAGACGUAAGAAUUGAACCAACAUAUAAAGUACAACAAGAUGUUGUUAUUUCACCUGAAGACGAAAAAGAAAUCAAAAUAUCGACUGAAUCGCAGCCACAAGAAUCGCAACUUUUUGCACAAAAACCAGAAGAGAUUAGUACAAUCGAAGCAUCAUUGAUUACAAAGGGACAAACCAAGGAGAAAAUCUCUAUUGAAUCGUACAAAGAAGUUUCAACUGAUUCUCAAAAAGAAAGUGAAAUGUCUACAGAAUGUCAACCAGAAUCACAACAAGAACAAAAUGAAAACAAUUCAACUGAAGAUCUAUUGGGUCAAGUGGCAGAAGUUUCAAGUAAAGCACAGCCAGAAGUACAGAAAGCCGAAGAAGAACCGAAAAAACAUCCUUCAGAAAGUCAAAGUGAUGAUGAAGUUAGUGUCAAUUUGCCAGAGAAUAUAUCGUCAAUUGAACCAUCAACAAUGGUCGGACAAGUAAAUGAGGAUAAAACAAUUGUAGAGAAAACAUUGAAAGAUAAAGUAUCAAGCAGGGAAAACCCAGUUCAAGAAUACACUGAAGCAAAAAUAAAUAUAAUUCCAGAUUCAAGCACCGAUAGUUGCAUCAAUCAAUAUGCUGGAAUUGAAAGACCAACUGAACCAGUCGAAAAUAAUGAAGGCGAGCAAGCUGCAAUGGCCGCAGCACUCGGACAAAAACCUAACGAAGAAGAAACUUUCAGACCUACUACAAAGGCCUUAGACUCAAAAUUAUCGGAUGAAUUGCAAGAAAAGGACGAAGGAAUAUCAACCAUAACAAAGAUACUUGCUCCAGUACCAAGUGAAUCUAUAGACAAACUGCCACUUGAAAUCAAUGAAAUUUUAAGUGAAGACAUUCCAGAAAUUGAAGAUCACAAAAUCGAAAGUGAUCUUGCUGCCUCUUCUACUGGCUCACAACCAACGGCAACUCAAACAGAAAGUGUCGGUUACAAAGAUGAGCAUGUCACUGAACAUGAUAAUUCAUCAGAAGAUGUGUGUUUCAAUCAAGCAGGUUUAACUAAAAAAUCUGAGCAAAAAAAUCUGCUACAAAAAUCUGAGCAAAAGCAGUCAUCUGAAAGUGUUGAAGAAUCAAUUGUAACUGAAAAAUCAGUUUCUGUGCAGCAAGUACCCGAAGCAAUCACACCAUUGCAUUGUGAACAGCCUGCAGAAGGCCCAACUAAUUCCGAUAAAACUGAAAAUCGAACCGAAGCUACAACACCAUGCGUAUUCUCAUCGAAACAAGAAGAUCCGGAAACUUUCACCGAAAAUGUUGUUCCGCCAAUUAAUGUGUUAGAACUUAUAAUUGAACCAUCGGAAUCAACAAGAGAAAGUAUAAUAGUCACGUCACCAGUAUUGGAAAUACAAGAAACUAAAGACUUUGAAAAAAUCCACGAAAAUCAAGAAAUUGAGUCCCGGACAAUAGAUGAUUCAAAACAAUAUAUAAUUCCAGAAGAUCCAAAUGUUCAAGAAACAAUAUCUCAAACCACAUCAAGCACGACAAUUCAAUUGUCAAACGAUUCUGAGCCAAUCGCAAUGGACGUAGACAGCCAAGUACAAAAUGUUUCAUGCAAACCAUUUAAUUCAGAAGCGAAAAUUGGCACGUUACCACCACAAAAAAUUCAAUCAAAAUCAAAAUCAAAGAAAGAAAAGUUGUCAAAAGGAAAGUCAAAAUCAAGACAAAAAAAGUAUAAGGAACGUCCCAAAACUGUCGAUUUGAACGCACCUAUUGACUACACGACGGAUAAAUUAUCAAAGCCAGAAAAGUUGGUUGAAAAUGAACAAAUUUUUAUUCAAACAGGAAACGAACAGAAAAUUGAAGAUCUCAAAACUGUACAAAAAGAACCCGAAAUUGAACUAACGGUAAUUGAAUCAGAAGUUGUCGAUGGUUCAAUUGAGUCUCCGUUCGAAAGUCCCUUAAUUAUUGAGCCAGUAGAAGCAAAAACCAGUAAUAUGGAAUUACCAAUAAUAAUAUCCGAAAUUCCUAUGCCAAUGAUUGCUGCACCAAUCGAUUCUCCAGUUGCUUCUCCAAUCAAUGUGAUAGCACCACAGCCACCACUUCCUUCAUCAUUACCACCACCAUCACCAACACCACCUCCACCACCUCCACCCGAAAUUGAAUUCAAUCCGGAUAUUUCACCGAUUGUACCAGUACAGUUAAGCGAAAAUAAAUUGGUUGAAGAUUUGAGUCAAGGCUUCUUUUAUCCACAUAUCGUACAUUCACAACAAUUGGCUCCACUGAAUUUCAGCUCAACACCAGAUACCAAUAAUGAAUCUUUAUCACAAAAUAUUGAAGAAAAGUCAACACCACCGCAAUCAUCAUCACCAGAGAGUGAACAAGAGACAGAGUCAAAUAAAGCGGUAAGUGUGAUAACUCCAAAUACAGAUACUUCAAUGCAGAGUCCAAUUGACUUGUCGCCCAUGAUAAAUCAUUCAUGUGAUCAAAAGUCUGGCGGACGCAAUACUGGCUCUGGCCGACGAACCAAACCAACAAAAGUUACUAAAAGCUAUCCAUCAGUUAAAGAUGUCAUUAACAAUCUGGAUGUUUUAGCUGAAGCGGCUUUGUUCGCUGAACAAAUUCGAAGUAUACCGGGUGGAAAUUCAAUUGCUUUAAAAUCAAUUGAGCCAAUCGAAAGUGAGCCUGAAACAAAAUUCAUCGAUGAUGCCACACCAAGGCCAAGUGAUGAUUUAAAGAAAACGUACACGCCAGUGAUUGAGGAACAAACACCAAGCACAAGUGGCACUGAACCAACAAUACCAAAAAUUGAUGAGCCCAUAAAAAAAUUACGAUCGUCCAAAAUGGAUAAACAGAGUAUAGUUUCAGUUCGGAAAUCGACUCGCAUUACACCAGCGCGUCAAGCAAAGGAAUCAGCUGGCGAUAAAAUAGCGGAAGAACGUAGAAGUUCAAGGCGUAGUAAACGUAAUCAAGAAUCCGAAGAAGAAAUAAUUGAUUAUGAUCAAACGCUUGAGCGUAUCAAAAAAUUAACUGAAGUAAAAAAACCGACUACAAUCAAUGCAGUCGACACAAUCACUGAAAUUAGUCCAUUCAAAAUGCAUCCAAUGACUGAAAUGCAAGCACCGGCUGAAGUUCAAUCAAUGAGCGAGAGUCGAAAGAAAAAAGAGGCGCACGCACAAAAACCAAUUCGAGAUCAGGCAUUGAUGAAAAGUCAUCGUUCAAAAUCAUCACUAAAGAACGAAAAAAGCUCAUCCAAGUCGAAAAAAUAUGAGAAAGAAAGAGAAAAGGAAAAAUCAAAGCACGAUAGAUUUAGAUCACUACGUGAUCGAUCACACACAUCACUGUCACACAAUGAAAAUGAUGAUGUCCAAAGUGCUGGUGAAGGCAGCAACGAACAAGAUUUUCUCACCGCACUCAAUUUAAUUGAACGUAAAAAUGCUAUGAAACGAUCACGAUCUGAGAUUGAAUCACCGCUGUUGAGAGAGCAUGAAGAAAAUGUUCCACCUGAAAUAGUAAUUCGUAAAAGUAAACGGAGCAAAAAGUUACACCAUAGUCAUAGCAUGGAUAAUGUAUUAGAUAAAUCGCAUAAAACCACCGGAAACGAUAUGUUUACAUUAGAACCAAGUCUAGAACACGAUGAUACAGCUAGUUCGAUCGAUAGUACAUCAACGAGCAUGAAAUUAUUUACAUUUUCAACACCAUCUAAAGAGCCACAAACAAGUCUUGGUAAGAAUUUCGAAAAGAAAUUGUCCAGGGAUGAGAAUAAGUAUAUGUCGCCGUUGGCAAUGAAGAAAACAUUCGAACAAAAAUGCAAUAAAGAUCGUGAAAAAUUAUUGGACCGCAUUAAAGUACACAUUAAACGAAUUCCAUCAAAAUAUAAUGAUGACAUAGAUGUAAUUGGUUUAAUUACCGACUCAAUACCACUUGAUUGCACGGAAACAUUGACAACACUUAUCAAGAUCAAGAAAAUAUUCUAUCAACGUUCCGUGCAUAUAAUACAAAAUUUUGACGUAAACAACCCAUAUUUAAAUGAAGUAAAGGAGAAGCUUCGAAAUUUACAUCAAAGUACAUCGAUUGACGAUAAGAUUUUCGAUCAAAUAUAUAAAUCGUAUUCCGACCUAGCUCUCUGUUGUAAAGAUAAUACCGGUGGAAAGAAUGAAUUGACUACACACUUCAAAUACUUUAACAAGUUCCUAAGAUGGUGGUCACGUAAAUUCAAACGAUAUCGUGAAGGAAAUAUAAUGCAUAAAGGUUCAAAGAAAUCAUAUGAUACUGAAGAAUCUAUUUCAAGUGACAGCAAUAGCCAAGAGAAAGACUAUUCAUUGGCACAACAAUCAAUUAUACCUGAAUCAUCCAUUCCCUUUGACACAAAUACUAUUGCUUCUGUCGCAGACGUUCAUCAACCAUUACCUCCACCAUCAAUACCACCACCACCAUCACUUGAACAGCAGCCAUUACAACAAAUAAGCAACCCUGAGAAAGAUAUCAACUCCAAAAUACAAAUUUCAAGUUUAAUCAUACCAACACCGUCAACCUCAUCAAAUCAAAUAAUACCUACGAUUCCAACAGCAACCGAUCCACAACAGCUUAGUUUACCAAUUGAUACUACCAAUACGAUAAUAUCGUUUCCAAACUUUAUAUCUGAAUCAAGUGAUUCCAUUGAAAUAUCAAAAAAUGUGCCGUCAUCAACACCAACGCCUUCACCCACAUUGUCUGAACAAUCACGAUAUUCAAACGAUGAUUCCUUUUCUAAACUGAAUAUUACAUCGAGCGUUGAUCGAAUGGAUUUUCACUUCUUUGAUGACCAUUUGCGUUCAACAGAUGAUAUAACAACGUGUGAUUUUCACAUUGAAGUACCUGAAACGAGAAUUGAAGAUACAUCAGCCAGAAUUGAAGAAACAUCAGCUUUAUUUGACAAUUAUAAUAAUGCCGACCCAACAAUGGCAACUGGUCAAUUAAUUGCGACUCGUCCCGAUCAAGUAAUGUCAGUAGCAGAAGCAUUCUUCCAAUUAACUGAUAAUCAUAUGACGAAUAUCAGUUCGAUGUCUAAUAGUUAUGAAUGUACUGCGCCGCAAAAUAUUCUCGAUCCUAAAAAUCUUCGAAAUUCAAAAAAUGGGCGAAAUAAUUCAAAUUUUAGUUCUAAUAACACACUUCCGCAACCAUCAACCAGUCAAUCGAAUCAAACCAAUCAAACUUCAAACAAAUACGACAUGUACUAUAAUUCUGAUAAUGACAAUUUCAGCAUGAACGUAUUGGAAAAUUUGGUCGAUGCAUAUGAUUAUUUGGAAGAAUUUGAUAUGGGCCAAGAUAUUGACUAUCAUCCACUAAUACCAGCCAUACAGGAGAAUAAUACAUGUCGAUCAAAUGAUACAUUUCAACAAAUUACAAGACCUGGAUCUAGAGAUGUCGAUAUGAAUGUGCGAGCUGUUGAAAGUUCACCGAAUAGUAGUAUACGAGUUGAAAGUUCAGUGGCUCAAAAACCAGCCCCCACCGAUACUGUAUUCAAUGAUAUUUCAAUGGAUGCGUAUGCACAAUCAAAAAUGCCAUACGAUGAAAUGAUUCCAUACGAUGAUUCGCGAAGCCUCGAUCCAGGUGAGAGACUAUUCGAUUUACUACCAUCAGCAUCAGAUGAACCGAUGGAAGAAGAGUGUAGCGUACCAAAAAUUGAAGAAUUUCCAUUCAAACAACCAUCCGUACCAUACACAAAUGGUUCAAGUAGUCGCAGUCACUCCUCACGGCAUCAUAGUUCAGAAGGUCACAAAUCUCAUAAGUCGAAGCGAAAAAACCAGCAAGUCGCCGGCGAUGAAGCUCCAUCAGAAUUUUUUAGAUCAGGCAGCCGAAAAGGUGGACUCCCUUCUUCGACCGGUGACAUUCGUAAUGAUAUAAUCAUACAUGGGCUGCCAAAAACAGACGUUCAACAAUCACCAAACGAAUUGAAAAAGGAAUUAGAUGACGAUGAGGCUUCAGUAAACCCAAAAUUUCAAAUAGACGUCAAAGAAGUUUUGCCACCAACCUAUUACAUUCAGAAUAUUAAAAACCUAAAUCUAUUUACAAAUUUAACGCAUAGUCCGAGAAAAUCGUCCAAAUCAUCAAAAUCAAGCAAAUCAAGUAAAUCGUCAGUAAAACAUCACCACCACCACCAUCACUACUAUCACCGCCAAGUGAACCAUCGUGACAGUAAUAAAAGUAGUAAAAGUUCGGAAAAAUCUUCCAGUAAAAAUGUUGAUGUGAUGAAUACUCAUGGAUUCAAAAUCAAAAUAUCGAAACGACCAAUGGAUGAUGAGAAAAAAUCGCAAAAAAAUCGACACGAAAAAAUAUAUCAUGAUUCAUCGGAAGAAUCAUGGGAUGAUGAUGAAGACGAUGAUGACGAACAGAACGAAACCAAUUCUCGUUGGAAAUCUCAAGUUCAUUAUAAUUGAAGAAAUACGAAAAUUCUCUCAAUCUAUCUCUUCUAAGAUAGUUCACUUGACAAAAAUAUCAAUUGUUUAAUUAACACAAUAGAUGUACAACAAAAUGGCCAGGGAAAAAAUAAACCAAUUUGUGUUGGAUGAGUUUUGUCCAUUUUUUCUUUCUCCCAUUCUUCUAUUAUUGUUUUGUAAUAUUAUCUACAAAAUGGUUCCAUUUUUUAGAUAUUUCAAAAAUAAAUCGUAUUUGCUACUUGA